AUGGGGCGUGUGAAAUUGGAGAUAAAAAGAAUAGAGAAUACCACAAAUCGACAAGUUACAUUCUCAAAACGUAGAAAUGGUCUCAUCAAGAAAGCAUACGAGUUAUCCAUCCUUUGUGACAUUGAUAUUGCACUUAUCAUGUUCUCUCCCUCUGGUCGUCUCAACCAUUUCUCUGGCAAAAGGAGGAUUGAGGAUGUUUUCACACGUUACAUUAAUCUUCCUGAUCAAGAAAGAGAUAAUGCUGUAAAUUUUCCUGAGCCACACUAUGGCAGGGGAAUUCAGAACAAAGAGUAUUUGCUCCGGACCCUUCAACAAUUGAGGAAUGAGAAUGACAUAGCUCUUCAACUAGCCAAUCCGGGAGUCAUUAACUCUGAGAUUGAAGAACUCCAACAAGAAGUUAGUAGGCUACAUCAACAACUUCAACUGGCUGAAGACCAGAUAAGGGCAUAUGAACCCGAUCCAUUAAAGAUGACAUCUAUGGAGGAGCUGGAAUCAGGUGAAAAAAAUCUCGUGGAGACUUUGACUCGCGUCAUGCAAAGAAAGGAAUAUCUAUUGAGCAGCCAUUUGCCUACUUAUGAUCCAUCAACUAUUCAGGGGAUGGCAUCAACUUUUGAGAAUGUCGGAUGGUUGCAAAAUGGUACCCAAAACCACAACCAAAUAUUUGAUGCAUCUACUCCUUUGGAUCCACUCAGGGAUUUGCAAUCGUCAAUUUAUGAUCCAUUUCCACAAGGAACAAAUUCACAAAGCGAUACAAGAAACAUUGGAGAGUGUCACGUGACAAAUCAGAAUGACACGUGGCCUCAAGGAUACACGUUAUACUCUCAUAUGCAGCAUGAGAUGGUGGGACCUGACGUGUCGAAUAUGAUGACGACACAUGGACAAAUGAAUCUUCCAAUCACAGCCUCUAAUUUGCAACCAUCCAACAAUGAAGCCGGAGAAUAUGACUGUAUCUAUUUUUUUUUCAAUGACAAGAAUAGCUACAAGGAACUUUUAGAGAUUGCUGAGCAAGCAAAAAGACAUGCUGAGGUUGCAAGCAAGGCAUCUGAAGCGGUUGAGCAUCAUUACGUGAAUGCAAGUGAUCUCAACUUGUUGGAGGCACAUGAAGCUGAAGCGUCCUUAGCUGGAAGGGGUGCCUACACUCUUACGGUAGGACUCACCCUUAUUCAAACUGCUACCGCUAAAGUAGCAGGAAUUUACAGCAUCAUACACCAUUAUCCUAGUAUUUUCAAGGCUAUAUCUCCUCACUAUAUUUUCUAUUUCUUUUGGAGAAAUGGAAAAGCUGGUUGGCUUUUACUUGGUGGUACUGUCCUUUGCAUUACAGGGUGUAUGUGUUUGCUUGAUUCACUUGCUGCUCAAGGUGCACCUGAAAGGUGGAGAUUGGUGAGGGCUCAUGGUACUGCUGUGGGACUUCCUACAGAGAAUGACAUGGGCAACAGUGAAGUCGAUCACUUUGUUUAA